ACGCACCCUGACGGAUGUCCUGAAAUCCAUAAUGGCUGUGUUGGAUACCCCUCCGUCGAAAGAGAACUCGACGCACGACUUGUUCUUGGGAGGAUAUGGACCAGGCUCUGUUCCGACAAGGCGCUUGCGAUUAAGUUUGGACGAGGACAGCUGGAAAGAACUACAACGAACCAGUUCAUCCAUAUACAAGGCUAUGUCAUUAUGCAGACCCGUAAACGUUUCCCCGGCAUUCUCAAAAUCAUUCGUGGCAUUGAAGACGUCGGAGGAGUCACCAUUAGUACCUGCAAAGGAACACACGGACAGAAUGUUGCUUAUGUCACUAAGUCAGAUACGCGGGUUGACCCCCUCGAUCCGUUUGGGGAUGACGUUACUGGAGAAGAAUUGUCUAAAGGGGGUAGCGUCGGUAAAAUCGCAAGGCUUAUCGAGGUUGCUACUGGACCUGGAGGAAUUAACGGAGCUCUUGAAGAACUUCCAGUAACUGGUAUGCAAAAUAUCCGCAACCUUCAAACAUUCCUUCAUUUUACACAGAAACCCCAUGUUGGUGUUAGAUUCAACAUCUUUAUUAGCGGGCCUCCCCGUUGCGGCAAAUCCCGCUUCGCCUGGAGUCUACUGGGUCUACCCUAUGUCAAAGGAGCAGGAAAAUGGUUUGAUGGAUACUCUGGAGAGAAGACUGCGCUGUUCGACGAAUGCCAAACUCUCGGUCGAAUCACUGAUCUCGUUCUUAAGAUCACAGAUCGGUAUCCAGCCAGAGUAGAAGUUAAAGGCGGUUCAGUCUGGUUUAAUGCUGUAGUUAAUGUAUUUACAUCCAACUUGAGCUUUCGUGACGCAUUAUGUACUGAUAAAGAAUCCUUCGAUGUUAUUGGUGCGAUUGAAGAUCGCUUUGCUCUUAUCUUGAAUGUAUCAUGUGACCGACUGGGAAAACCAGUUGUGAAAUUGCUUGACUAUAUAAAGAACCCAACUGCCCCCGCACUUAUCAUUUGGAAAGGUGCCUCCAUAGCCAUCGACGACGUUCACGCUUCUUCCAGAUUCCCAGUAAGUGACCUGUUGCAAUGUAUGGUUACCGCAGGCGUGUUUACCGAAGAACUCGUGUCUUCCGCAGACCCACCUAUCGGCGACCUAUCCUUAGAACCCGAUUCAAGAGAGUAA